CUCGAGGUCUGGAAUCUUGAUAUAUGCUACGAUUUUGGUCCAAUGGCUUCGGUAACGACAUCUAUCGGCCGGGCCGCUUUGGUCUUCUGUAGACAGACCGCUCCAAAACGGAGCGCGAUGCGACCCAGUGCUUUUCGACGGCAACAACAAUUCGCGCCUUUCAGUCAUUCCAGACAUCUGAAGCAAAAUGAAUUCACCGAAGUUCCCGAAUACUCUCCAGACCUACUUGAUGAGUCGGAACGUAUUCAAUACGAUGCAAUGGCCCCGGACCAGCGAGAAACGUUCGACCGUGAGUUCACGACACUCUCCCAGACCCUGCGUGAACAAGGUCUCGGACAGACUAUGAGCGAAAUCCACAAAGAGGGAGCCCCGUUUAUAGGCUGGACUGGCGGGAACGAGGACGUUGAAGAUUAUUUUAACGACGACAUUCACAGGCUUCACUCUGAGCCUUACAUGCAGGAUGGGAUGACGACUAUGGCAUACGAUGAGUUAGAACAACACCGGGAGCUGAGAGAAUACGCCCGAAUUGCGGCAUGGGAAAUGCCCUUGCUUAGCAACCAUGUAAAGCCUUUUGCCUUACCAAAGGAGACCCAUCUCCUCCGAUUCCGAUACACCACAUACAUGGGCGAGACACAUCCCGCGGAAACCAAAGUCGUCGUCGAAUUUUGUUCGAAAGAUCUGGUCCCCAAUUACCUCACCGAGGAGCAACGCAUCACGCUAUUAAAAUUGGUCGGCCCCCGCUACAACCCCGAGCAAGACCUCAUUCGCAUGUCAGCGGAAAAUCAUCCUACCCGAGCCCAGAACAAGCGAUAUCUGGGAGAUCUGGUGGAAAAUUUGAUCAAAGAGGCGAAGGAAGGUGAUUCGUUCGCGGAUGUCCCAUUAGACCUCCGCCACCACAAGCCGAAGCCAAAAUUCAACUUCCCGAAGGAUUGGGCGAUGACGGAGGAGAGGAAACAGCAGUUAGAGGAGAAGCGGCAGGAGAGGAUGAGGCUGACGGAAGCUAAAAGGCCCACUGUCAUUGAUGGAAAUGAAGUGGUACGCCGGGCGAUCAACAGUAUUCCCUCUCUUAACCCUGCUCUUCGGGUUGGUGCUGGAGACGAGAAUGCUAGAAAAGAACCUAUACCUGUACGAUCUAGGAGUGUCCCUGCCCAAUGGAAACCGUUUUCUGGAAGACGUUAGGGAAGUUCUUUUCUAUCGUGUCGAGUUACUUUCCUUACCAUGUUUCCCAUUUUUUUUUUCAAAGAUUUUUUAUCAUGUGGACGGUUCUGCAAUCUGUACAUUAUUGGUGGUGUUGCGGCUUAGCUUUAUCUUUUAACGAAAUAUUGUAUCGUAUUUUUAUUUCUUGUCCUUUAUUUCUAAGAGGCAAAAAUGAAAUAUCCGUGCCUCUAUUUAUGCAAACAUCUCUCCAAUUACAUUUCAGACUGAAGACACUAUCCUAGGCGGUCACAAGAUGAGAGAACCACCUUUCAAUGAUGGGGGAAUGAGAUGAUGCUAUUGAACAUGAAAAUAGGAAGAAACAUGUUUGUGUGAAUCAUAUAAUGAAGAAACAAACGGAGUCAUUAGAAUAUAUUUAUUUUCGUCUCAGUG